AUGUCAUCCUACACCAAGUUCCUUAAAGACAUUCUUUCAAAGAAGAGAAGGUUGGAAGAUUAUGAGACUGUUGCUCUUACAGAGGAAUGCAGUGCCAUAUUACAAAAUAAACUGCCACCAAAGCUCAAGGAUCCAAAAAGCUUCUCCAUACCUUGUCUUAUUGGCAACAUGAAGAUAGACAAGGCCUUCUGUGAUCUAGGUGCAAUCAAAUACCUGGUUGGCAUCCUAGAAAACAUCCCCAUCAAGGUGGAAAAAUUCUUCAUCCCCGUUGAUUUUGUUGUCUUAAAAAUGGAAGAGGAUGUCCAAAUUCCUAUCAUCCUGGGAAGACCUUUCUUGGCAACCGUCGGUGCUAUCAUAGAUUUUAAGAAUGGGCAGUUAACUCUCAAAGUAGGAGAUAAAGAAGUGGAAUUUAACCUAUUUAGAGCAGUAAAGCAUAAACUUGAACCUGAUGAAUGCUUAAGGGUUGACAUAACUGACAAGCUAGUUGAAGAGGAACUACACAAAACACAUCCUGAAGAUCCUCUUGAAGCAUGCAUAGUGCAUAGCCACACAGCAGAUAAUGAAGACACGGAAAUCACAGCUUGUGCACAAUAUUUAGAAGUCAGCCCAUCCAUACCUUUAGCUCAAGCUCUCCAGGUGGAAGAGCAAAAGCAGGAACAACCAAAAAGCAAGCCACAGGAAGAUACCAAAUAG